AUGAGAAUCUAUAUGCUCUUUCUUCAUAAUAUCGUGUACAUAUGUGUAAAUAACAUUUGGGUGCUGCACAGAUUUAAUGGGAUAAUUCAAUACUAUGUCCUCAAUUUUGGUAAACCCAAUUUUAGAAAAUACCCGACAGAUAGAUUGAUCAAAUUUAUAACUAGAAGAUUAGGAACAGAACUGGACGGAAGCAAAAGAUUUCUAAAUGAGAAAAAAAUUUAUCAUCUCUAUUUAUUAGCAGAAUGGGAAUAA